CUCACGUAGGAAAAUAAUAAAAAGACUAUUAAAAAAAGAAAAGGGUAAAGUGUAAGGGGAGUUGGGACAGCUGUCAAAAUUUUAUAACGAGUAUUUAAUUCUUUGAGAUUAGAGUGGAGGUGGGAUCACGCGCGAACCGUCUUCGUGGAAGCUCUUCAAAACUCUCUUUCAAGACUCCUAGUUGUAGACGGAUUUUAAGAUGUACUCCUAGUUGUAGACUGAUCAUAGUGUGUUUAUAUGUAUAUAUAUAUAUGUAUAUAUAUAUAUAUAUGAUACACAUCCUUCUCCUUCUCCUUCUCCUUCUCCAACACCAACCCUAAAUCUAACCCUCCAAGAGUAAUGACGUGGAAUCGGUCAUCUAGCGUCGGAGAAAUUGUCAGUCCAAUUGAGUACUCGCCGAUGCCUCUCCGUUCAAAGAAAACUACUACUCAAACUAAAGCCUCUUCUUCCAAAGCAGCGGCAGUAGUACUUGAUAGUAAGCCACCGGUCAAGGCGGUCUCAAAGACGGUGGUGCCACCUGCUGUGCCUGUGGCGGCGCCAGAGACUCGCCCGUGGAUCUUUACAAUUGAAUCACCUGUUCGGGAGAAGGAGACGAAGAAGAAGGAUAAAGUGGAUGAAGGAUACCGGAUGUUUCUUCAAGCUUGUUUUAGAUGCAAGAAGAAAUUCAAACCUCACAACGAUGUAUUCAUGUAUGGGUACCUGCGAGCAUUUUGCAGUCAUGAAUGCCGAGACGAUCAGCUUGACUUGGACUACAUGGGUAGAGCUUAUGAGAAACCCAUUGCAAAAGUCAUGUCCGGACUGAAGAAACCAAUAACAAAAGUAACGGCAGCAACUAAAUUAGGAAGCCAAAAGUAGUGGCAGCAACAAAAGUAGGAGAAGCCCCAGCGAAGCAAGGAUAUAGCUAUAAAGCAAAAAAGGUUGAAGUGGCUAGGUUUAACUGUUUAAGUAGUCCAUUUUGCAAGCUCACAGGUCGACUGUAGAGGCAAUGAGCUUGCAUUUUUGUAAAACAAUGAGCUUCGAUUAAAUUUUCUUUGUA